GUGACGUUAGAGAGUCCUCCUCAGUUGGUGUUCACGAACGGAACUGCAAUUAUGAAAUUAUACGAUGUAGACGAUUAUGUGGUCCUAACCGACCCAAAGACAAUCGCCUACGACCCCGGUCCUGGAAGAACCAUUACAGGUACAGUGCUCAUCGUUGCUGCUAUUGCAGAGCUAUAG